GCUGCUGGAAAACCUCGAAGAAAAGGUCUAGGAUUCGGCCAUUUCAUUUUCACCACAAUACUAACAGAUAAACAGCUGUUAUCUCGUUCAAAGUAUAGAUAGAAUAAAUUAAAUGCAUCAACGUUCUCGUCUGUACGAACGUUUUGUCGAUCCGCAUUUGGUUUUUGCAUUUUAGAUUUUCUCUGUCAGGGGGUUCAUUCGCUAAUCUGCCACACCCAAAAGCAAAUAAACAGGAACUACAAAUAUAAUCGACGAAUCAACUUCAAAACUAUUGUGCUAUAAAGUAUAGUACAUUAUGGGAAACGUUCUACUUUUCUUUCUGCUCUCGCUGUUGUUGGAAGGUGUGUUUGCUGAGGAGGUAUCAGUGAAGGGUGGAGAUUCAGUCACUUUCUACACUGAUCCUAAAAUGCAGGAAGAUAAUAUGAUAGACUGGAGGUUUGGAGCUCAAGGCGACCUCCUUGCUAGAAUCAAAAGAAAAGCCAAUGUAACUAAAGUAUUUGAGGAAGUGCUUGAUUGGAAAUUCAAAGACAGACUAAAGAUUGAUAGUCAGACUGGAGAUCUCACCAUCACGAACAUCAUGACAUCAGACUCUGGUGAUUAUGAAGUGUCCAACGGAAUUGGCGGCAAAAAGAAUUUCAAAGUCAGUGUUGUGUCUGAUGACUCUGUGAAAACCGUAUCAUUGGUAAAGGGAUAUUACAUCACUUUACUCACUGGUCUUCCUGAUAUGAAGAGAAUUAGUGCGAUACGGUGGAGGUUUAAACAUCACAACUCUACUAUAGCUGAAAUGAAGUCUGGAAAUAUCCUUAUUUAUGAUGAUACUGAUAAGAGGUUCAAAGACAAACUACUUCUCAAUUAUACGACUGGAUCGCUGACCAUCGCAGACAUCGGAACUGAACAUGCUGGAGAUUAUGAAGUUGACAUCAGCAGCAGCGGAUACACCAUACACCAGUCAUACAACGUGACCGUUGCUACAGGGGAUUUUAAAUCACUGAUCAUAGAGGAGGAGGGGGCUUCAGUCACGCUGCAGACUGGUACUGAAAUAAUGGUCAGUGAUUUAAUACAAUGGAGGUUUGAAGACACUGACUUGAAUUUGAAUAGCGGACUGCAGAUGGACAAGAAAACUGGGUCUCUGACCAUCAUAAAUCCCAGAAGAACAGACUCUGGAUUUUAUGAUGUGAAGAUCAUAAGAAGCAGAUACUCUAUACACAAGGAAUUCACUGUUGCUGUCUAUGACGGUGGGCCCUCAGGUUGGUCUUCAGGUGCUGUAGCAGGGAUUGUUGCAUGUCUCGUGGCUGUAAUUGCAGCUUUGGUCAUUUACUUUUGGCGCAGGAUCACUAAUCUACAAGCUCAAUUGAGUGAGUAUUGCAUCUGA